AUGAAUACUAAAAAAUCCUUACUCCCCCCCUCCGUGAGUGAAUAAAAAAAAUUUGUUCACUCACGAAAAUUUAAAAAAAAUCCUAAUAUGAAAAUUAGCUAGAGAUUUCAUUAUAUUAAUUAUCACUUAUAUAUCAAUUUUUUUUCAUAAAAUAUUUUUCUAUUAAAAAAAUGUUUGUUCACUCACGGAAGGUGGGUUUUUGAGAAAAAAAUAGGGAUUUUUCUAAUGGUUUUGUUUACUCACGGAGGGGGAGUUAGCUCGUGGAUUACCUACAAAUAAACCUUAUAGAUCUACAUCAACAGAACUUACCACCUUUCCAGAUAUUGAUAAAAACCGAUUUUCAACACCUUUUCUUACCAGGAACUUGACACACAAAAAGCUAUCCUUGUGCAGUAAUAAAUUAAACACUCAAACAGUCGCCAAAUUCAGCCAUUUAGCCCAGCAGGUAUUAAAUAGCACUCCACAAACACCAAAAGAAUACUACCAGAUCCUGAAGCCAUCUUCAAUUUCAAGAUUUUCAUGUGGAAAAGUUUUGGCUUAUGCAGGAAAUACAAAUAAAGGACUGAUUAGAAAAAAAAAUGAAGACCGGAUCAUGAUUAUUUCAAGUGUAAAUAAGCCUCAUAAUAAGGUUUUUGAAGACAACUGGCCAAAUUGCUCCUAUUUUGGUCUUUUUGAUGGCCAUGGAGGAAAUGGCUGCUCGAAUUUUUUACGUGAUAAUCUUCAUCAAUUCAUCAUAGAAAGCCAUCAUUUUCCGCUUGCCCCGCAUAAAGCUAUAAAUGAAGCUUUAGCAAGAGCUGAAAGCGAAUUUAUGAAAAUUUCUAUAGGACAUUGCACUAUUUAGGGAUCGGGGUUCCUUACGAGGAAUGAUGAUUUCUCCACUUGUGGAACGCAAUCCAUAAUCAGUGAAAUGCGCUAUAAAGAAACAAAUGAUAAAUCUGGAUCAUGCGCUGUCAUUGCUCUAAUUGUCGGGCAGUUUUGCUUUAUUGCAAAUGUUGGUGAUUCAAGAGCGCUAAUGAGCGGAAUGUCAGGAAAGCAUGUUUAUUCUCUUACUACAGACCUGAAUUCUUAGUUAAGAUUAUUUUGAAGCUCUCGUGAUACCUAAGGCAUUUAACUAAUUAAAUUGAAUAAGAUCUGGCUAGCCUUUAUCCUUUUUUAUAUGGAAAUAGAAUAACAGUUGCCAGUAGAUUAUUUAAUUCUUUGUAAUUAUAUAUUUCUUCAUUCUUGCUUCGCUCAGCUACUACUACCGUCUCUCUCGAAUGCCAAUCCUCUCACUCCCCCUCCCCCUCCCUUUAUAUUGGAAACAAAAUAUAGGUAAAAUUUCCACUUUUUUGGUCAAUUAACCCCCCCUAAAUUGGAACAAAAUUUAAUUUUAUAAUAAAAAAUUAUAUAUAAUUUUUAUCUAAAAAGUUUUGAUAUAAGUUAAAUGUUUCUUAACUAAAAUUAAAAAUUUAGUUAUGUCUUGCUCUUGUUCAAAGAUUAGAUUAGAUUAGAAAUAUGUUAUAGCGGGUCUUAAGGGAUUAUUUCAGCCCCUCGCCGUCCCACGGAUAGCUUCGCAGCGACGCUAAGCGCUAUCCUCACACCACCUUUUUCCCUUUCUGACGUCACCAAAAAAUGGUGACGUCGAAGGUCUUCGGGGAAGCCACCCCAUCCGGUCAGGGUCUCCGAAUCUCAGCAGAAAACUCCUUUAACCUCUGACAGGGCUCAGAGUAUAGGGGAAUCGCUUUCUGCCUUCUCCAUGACCUGUCAGAACCGUGUCACAGGUUCGAUAAUGCUCUCAUGGAGUGGUAUCGGGACUUUGUGCCAGUAGGGUUAACUCGUAGGUAAGGAAAAAAGGACAAGGGUCAGCCCCAAGUCAAAAAACCCCACCCGGAGAACUAUCGCCAUGUGGCUCGCCUUUCCUGGGCCUGGAUCAACUCACAGGUCACCAGGAGUCCACGUCAGAUCACGCCAUUUUAAUAAUUCUCUUGUUUAAAGAAGAAAGUAUAAAUAGCAUCUUAUUUAAAUAAAUUUAUUAUCCUUAAUUGCUAAAUUUUAAAAAAAAAUUAAUUUUUUUUAAAAAUUUUUCAUUAUUUUUUUUGAUAAAAAUUAUACUUUUUUAUUUGGAUAGUUUUGAUAUAAAUUUCAAUAGGAAUUCUUUAUAAAAUUUCAAAAUUUAGUUAUUUCUUACUUUAUUUUAAAGAAUAGAGUAUAAAUAGCAUCUUAUUUAAACAAAAAAUUAGCACUUUGAUGAUAAAUUUCUAAAUUUUUUUUUUUAAUUUUUUCUUAUCAAUAAAAAAUAUAUUUUGUGCAAAUAAUUUUGAUGCCAAUUAAUAGUGGCGUAUUAACUAAUAAUGAAAAUUUAGUUAUAUCUUGCUUUGUUUUAAAGGAUAAAGAGUAAAUAGCCUUUCAUUAAACAAAUUUAUUAAUCUAACCUGAUAAGUUUUUGAUUUUUUUUUUAAUAAUUUUUAUUUUUUAUAAAAAAUUUGAUAUUUUUUUUUAAAAAAAAAAAUGAACCCCCCUUUAAAUUGGAACAAAAUUUUUAGUUCCAAUUUAAAGGGGGGGGAGUCAGUAUAUGAGUUGCAAUGCCGUGAUUCAAACAAGGCGGUCCUUUCAGAAAAUUCUAAAUAAUGAAUUUUCUGGUCAGACUGCUGAUUAAAAUGGAAUCUAAUAGCCGAGAUGCUAUCCCUGAUAUAAAUUGAGAAUUACCCGAUAUUCCAUGCUAACAUUUUGGCUUUGCUGGAUAUCUCUUUCCGAGCUCCGAGAUUUUCACCUUCCCUUCCUGUAAAACCUUUACUUGGAUGUGAGCUGCGGUCGGCUAUAUCAGAAAUUGAUUUCACCAACCCAAGUAAAACCUGGCCGAAUACACAUUCCUGAACGCUAUUCUCGCUUCCAAAAGGUUUCUGGGUUGUGUACUUUCAGGUAUAAAGAGGCUAGGUUGUUUCACCACACCAUUAUAAUGUAUAUCCCCUUACUACAGACCAUAAGCCAGCUGAACCUCAAGAGCAAGCCAGAAUUUUUCAAGCUGGAGGCUUAGUUUACUCGACAACUGCAUUAAAUAAGUCAAAAAUUUACCGUGUUUUGCCUGGUAGACUUUCAGUAAGCCGAACUAUUGGAGAUAUCGAAGCAAAAAACUUCGAGAUGGGUGGAAACCCUGGUGUUGUAAUUUCAACGCCUGAAAUUAGAAAAUUUGAGAUAAAGCCUGAGUAUGAUUUUAUUAUGCUUGGAAGUGAUGGCAUUUUUGACACAUUGACAAAUAGAGAUGUCGUUGACAAAGCAUGGGAAAGCAUCGAUGGCUUAAAUGAUGAAAAUGUUCCCAGUAAAUGUGCUAGAGCUGCUGAAGGAAUUAUCCUUGAGAGUUUUAAAAGACAAACAAGAGACAAUGUCUCUACUGUUAUUAUUGCUCUUAUUCUCUCCACCUUUGAGCGACCAAAACAAUUUAUUCCGUUAAUUUUUUUAUUUAUAAAUAAAUUAUGAAAGUAAAGUUUUUUUUCAAAUCUAAAAAAACUAAUUCGCAAAAAUUGGAAAGCAUUAAUUAUAAUAUUCAUGUUUUAAAAUGCAAGUUACUUUAAAUUCAAAUAAACUAGAAUUAACUAGCUAUUUCAUUAUAAUUAAGAUUAAGAUUAAGAUUACGCUGGGUAUUUAUUUCAUUAUAAUAAUUAUCACUUUAAUAUUAAAAUAUUUUAUUUUAAAAAUUUUUUUGGGGAUUUUUUUCAAUGGUUUUACUUCCUCCCGAAGGAGGGUUAGGAAUUUAAACAAAAGUUAA